AGGGAUCAUUUGUUGGUUUAAAGAAUUUAGGUGCAACAUGUUAUGUUAACACGUUAGUCCAGGUAUAUACUGACCUAUACUCUGCUAUAUUCUUCCUUCAUUGAAUGCGUCAUUAGCGCAUUGCGGCAUUGUAUAGGCCAGAUGAUCUUGAUACGCGGAAAAGUACUGGCACUAGUUGUCAAAUAGAAAUUCAUUUUGUGAUUAAAACAACUGAAUAUCUCCUGUGAUAUACUUUAUUUCGAUUCCAUAUUUUUGUCAGAGCUAGAGUUCUCAUAACCAAACAUAAUUACAAAAUUUCAACUAGUUUCAUAAAGAAUAACGAAAGAUAUAAUUGACUGAAUACAUCAAAAUGGAUUUCUACUCGGACAACCCUUUCUGAGCGCUGAUUGGCUAAAAUACGAACUCGUGAUCACCUGGUAAUUUAUGCAUGAUACUUAGAGUGACCUCUUGUUUCUUCAAUGAUAAAUUGAAGACAGAGAAAGAAUGAUUGUGUCAUUUUUAUAGGUUUGGUUUCAUAACGAAGAAUUUCGAUCAGCUCUUUACUCUUGGGUUCCUUUGGAUGGCGAGCCACCGAGUCCAGAAAAAGAUCUUCCUCAUGAAAACAUGGAAAUUGAACAGGGUCAUUGUCAACUAAGCCACUUGGGUACAGUGGGUGGUAAUUUCUUUCAAACAUUACUCCACAUGCACUUCUAACUCUGUGUUUUUCAUUACAUUUAUAAUGUUUAUUAAUUGGCAAGAGAAUACCGGUGUCCCAAAAAAAAGGACACCAUUGUGACCAUUUGAUUUCAUGUAACGUAAAAGCUAUAUAAAAACUAUCCCAAUGAAAUAAAGAUCAUUGCAUUCAGACUAACGUAGAUUUUGAUAUAUAACACUUGAAUUUACAUGCGAGAUACAACCAAAAUAAAAAUAUUUAUUAUUUAACAAGUAGAACUACAGUGUGUAUCAAAAUAAUUCGAAUCCAAAUUUGACAGACUGCUGUUUAUAAAAUACUAAAGUAAACCAUAUAAUUUUUAUAUGGCAAUAAAGAAUAGCCUAUUAGGUUUCCGAUUAUAUCGUUCUUAUAUCAAUAAGAUCAAAAAUGACCAAGAAAUCGUGUGUUGAAACUGGUUGCUCGAAAUCAAAUUUUUCCGCCGAUGGGAAUUCGAAGUGAGACGUACAAACAAAAGAUAAUGCAAAUUUAAUUAAUCAACAAACUGUUAUGUAGCAAAAUUUACAUAAAUUCGUGUUCAUUUAUAAAGAGAUUUAAGCUCCUAUGCCUUCAACAUGUUGAACGAGAAGAAAUUUGCGUUAAAUUUGCAUUUUAGUUUUCAAUGAUGAUUAGCAUUUCAAAGCCUUGUGGGACUAACUUUGAAAGAAAAAAUGUCCAAUUCCCAUCGGCGGAAAAUUGUGAUUUUUAUGGACUUUUUUUGUCAAAGCAAUACUCCUUCAUUUUCCAACUAAAUGACGCGUACAACAUGUCAUUUGAAAGGUAAAUAAAUGAACUUAACAAUGGUGUAAAAACCAACCGAAUUUGUCAAAUAUAUUCUGCGUUAUUACACGCCAAAUUUGGAUUCGAAUUAUUUUGAUACACACUGUACAUCGGUAAUUAUAUGAGGCUGUUUUAUACUAAUUUUCAGCAUUAGUCUAAGUUAGUCCGUUUCUUUUGCUAUAUAUCAAAAUCUAAGUUAGUCCUUUCUGAAUGCAAUGAUCUUUAUUUCAUUGUGAUAGCUUUUAAAGCUUUUAUGUUACACGAAAUCAAACAGAGUGUCCAGUUUUAUUUGACCUUUUAACCAAGCAAAAUGAAAACAGCAGCAAAUUCAUGCUUAAAUAUUAAUCCUUAAAUUCUCUUAUCAUUAAUUCAAUCGUCAGGCUUGCACAGACCGCAACGUCAUUAUUUUUGUUUUUCAGGAGUUACAGUGAAUGACAAAGACGACUGCACAGAACAGUCAGAAAGCAAAGAAAAUAAUGAAAAGCAAGAAUCGGAACAGCCUGUGUCACAAUCAUGCGAUCAAUCUGACAUGGAUUCUGAAAAGAUCAGUGUCAGCAAACCGGAGAACGAAAAACCUGAAAAUACCGAAUCAAGUAAUUGA